UUUAGUAUUUAGUAUCCCCCCAGAACCCUGAUUCUAUGGUACAGAUAAAUAAGCUUGCGCGCUACAAUUUUCGCAAAUUUACUCAAAUGGAGUCAGUGUUUGUUUACGGAACCUUGAAAAAAGGGGAGCCAAACCACGACUGGAUGACCGAAUGGAAAGAAGGACAGUACAAGUUCAUUGGACGUGCAAAAACAGUAGAGAAACUGCCUCUUAUUAUCGCCUCCCGUUAUAACAUUCCAUUCCUGCUGGACAAACCAGGCCUUGGGCAAGAGGUGCAUGGAGAGGUUUACGAGGUUGAUGCUGCAAUGGUGAAGAGGCUUGAUGAACUAGAGGACCAUCCAUUCUUUUACAAAAGGGAGCUCCGUCCAGUUCGACUUGAAUGUGGCACCGAACGCGUGUGCUGGAUUUAUUUGAUUCAAAAAUAUAGGCAAGACCUGCUUGAGCUGCCACUCCUGGACGACUACAAAAGCAACGGGCCCCACGGGCUGGUUUAUGGCGAAAGGAGCAUGAGAAACAUUCCCGGCUACUCAGCCAUGGAUGACAUUCAGGGUAAUCAUAAAUAUUGAUGAUAUGAAUGUAAAAGAGUUACAAAAUGGAAGCUAUUUUUGUAAUGUUUGAUGGUGGUUUAUUAAUGCUCAAGUGCCAGUCUUAAUUCCAAUAAAUGGUGCGCAUAAUUAGGAA